AUGAGGUACUAUAAAGGACCCUGCCCAGUGCCGCCGCCCCCGCCGUUGUCCAAACACGUCUACCUCUUCUUCACCGUCCGACCUCCUCCCAACGAUACCAGUACGAUGAAGAAGCCUCUGCGCGCAUUGAUUCGCGACCAACGCGAGAAGGUCCCGCCCGUCGCCAAAGCGGACCUCAGCAACAAGGUCGUCAUAGUCAUCGGCGCCAACAUCGGCCUGGGAUUCGAAGCGACGAAGCAUUUCGCGCGGAUGAGACCCGCCCGGCUUAUCCUUGCCUGUCGCAGCGAGGAGAAGGGGAGAGUCGCUAUCAAAGAGCUCAAGAAGGAGACUGGCUAUCAUGGUUCCGAACUACGCCUUGUCGACCUUUCUAGCUUCAGAUCGGUUCAGGCGUUUGCGGAUGGUAUCGAGCGUGAUGCCCUCGCGAUCGAUGUUGUAGUCUACAACGCUGGCGUUGUGAUGAAGAAGCACCAGGUGACUGCUGACGGUUGGGAGCAGACAAUCCAAGUCAAUGUCCUAUCGGCACUGCUCCUUCCAGUCCUCCUCAUCCCCGCCGCACAACGUGCCGCCGCGGCGCACCCCGGAUCGAAGCCCCGCCUCGUCAUAGUCGGCAGCGACGUCCACUUCUGGGCCGAGAUGCCCGAGAAAGUCAUCCACAGCCCAAGCGGAAAGGUUCUCGCCGAGCUCAACAAGCCUGAGAACUGGCUCAGAGCGAUGACGCGCCAGCCGCGUUACUAUCAGUCCAAACUUCUCAUCCUCCUUCUCAUCCGCGAACUCGCAAAGCAUCUGGAGCGUACACCAAUCGUAGCAGUCGUCGUCAACCCCGGCUACUGCGUGUCCGCCUUACGCCGCAACCUCCCCGCCGGCGCUCAGUUCGGCGCCCGUGUCAUGGAGAUCAUCAUAGGACGCAGUACCGAGGAGGGAUCUCGUAUGCUCGUAUGGGCAGGAGUUGGCAAUGAGGGGCGCGAGGACGAGCUUCGAGGAACGUAUGUCAACCUGUGCAGGGUUGAGGAGCCAAGCGACUUUGUGAUCUCUGAAGUUGGGCAGGACGUUCAGACGCAAUUGUGGGCCGAGUCGGUGGAAAUACUCUCCGCUGUGUUACCUGCGUUCAAGCAGGCGUUGUCGCAAAUCUCAGCUUAG